AUGCGCGUUUCUACUCUAGCUGUAGCACUUUUUGCUAGUGUCGCGAGAGCUGCUCCGACGGAGACUCCGGAACUGCACGGUAUCCUCCAGGCCUUCAAUGCCUCCAAGGUUGUGCAGGAUGCUGGUCCAGUGCUUGAGUCCCUCCUUGCCACGGGUAACUGCAGCAUUCCUGCUUGCUUCCAACAACUUAUUCCGGUUGUCAAGAACUGCAAUGCUGCUAUCGCCGGUGAGGGUUCGGACAUUGCGUCUGACCUUCAGUGCGUGAGCACCGCCAUCGCCGACCUAGUCCCCACCCAGUCCAACAACUGUGCUAUCUGUGUAGGCGAUGCUAUCUCUUUCGUUCUCUCCCAGCUGGAGAAGGGGUCUAAGUCCAAUUGA